AAGAGGCGCCACAUCCGGCGGCUGUCCCGUUCUGCAUAAAGCCACCGCGGUCGCUGUCGCCGCCGCCGUUGUGGGCGUAGAGCCCCAGCUCUGGCCUCUUCUCGACUGCGGUAGCAGCUGCUCCAAUGCUCCAGAGCGGCCAUGAGCGCCCCGCACUGGUGGGACCAGCUGCGGGCUGGCAGCUCGGAGGUGGACUGGUGCGAGGACAACUACACCAUCGUGCCUGCCAUCGCCGAGUUCUACAACACGAUCAGCAACUUCUUGUUUUUCGUUUUACCGCCCAUCUGCAUGUGCUUGUUUCGUCAGUAUGCAACAUGCUUCAACAGUGGCAUCUACUUAAUAUGGACUCUCUUAGUUGUAGUGGGAAUCGGAUCCGUCUACUUCCAUGCGACUCUGAGUUUCCUGGGUCAGAUGCUUGAUGAACUUGCCAUCCUUUGGGUUUUGAUGUGUGCUCUGGCCAUGUGGUUCCCUAGAAGGUAUCUACCAAAAAUCUUUCGGAAUGAUAGGGGCAGGUUCAAGGCAGUGGUCUGCGUCCUAUCUGCAGUUACAACAUGCCUGGCGUUUGUCAAGCCCGCCAUCAACAACAUCUCUCUGAUGAUGCUGGGGGUUCCUUGCACUGUGCUGCUCAUCGCAGAGCUAAAGAGAUGUGACAAUGUGCGUGUAAUUAAGCUGGGCCUCUUCUCGGGCCUCUGGUGGACCCUCGCCCUCUUCUGCUGGAUCAGUGACCGAGCCUUCUGUGAGCUGCUGUCAUCCUUCCACUUUCCCUACUUGCACUGUGUGUGGCACAUCCUUAUCUGCCUGGCCGCCUACCUGGGCUGCGUGUGCUUUGCCUACUUUGAUGCUGCUUCCGAGAUCCCCGAGCAAGGUCCCGUCAUCAGGUUCUGGCCCAGCGAGAAAUGGGCCUUCAUCGGCGUUCCCUACGUGUCCCUCCUGUGCGCCACGAAGAAAUCCCCAGUCAAGAUCACAUGACGGAAGGGCGGGCUCCUCUGCUCAGGUGCUCCUGUCCUCAGGCUUCAGGCCAGCAAAGACAGCCCUGGGUUAUCAGAGUUGGGGGUGGGAUCCUUUUUGGGUUUUUUGGGGGUUUUUUUUUUUUCAAUUUUCUUCCCUUGGCUCUCACUAGCUGUCUAUCUAUGGGCUACCAGGACUUCGCUCUUCCCAAGGAUGGAAAGUAGAGGGCCAAGGGCUCUGGGUAUAUUUUGUCAACGUUGACUUUUAGAGGCAGUGGCUUGUUGGGCUGUGUGUCCUUUGUGGCAGUGGGGGACCUGGUGCUAGAUAGCGCCUCGCUUCCUGGAAAGUUUGCCAGCUCCAGACCUCACCAUUCCUGGGGAUGACAGAUUCUGCGACAGGUGACACCCUCCAACUGUCUGAUAGAAGAUGCCAGAUUUUCAUUUGGGAAACCCAUCUUAAAACAAAAAUCAAAUGAAAUGCGCACAAGGCUUGUGGCAACUGAAGCUGGUCUUGCACUUCUCAAUCACCCAGGUUUGACAUGUGGUUGUACAUCCUUUCACUUCUACCUCUGCUGAGAGAUAGAGACUUGACUUUAGAUGAGGGUAAAGCUAAUGAGAAACCCCUCUAUGCCAAAAACCUACGCUUCACUUUAAGCCAUUCUUGAAGAUGACAAAGUUUUUAAAUGUUGACAUUGUUCGUCCCCCACCCCAGCCCAGUAACCUCAGACACACAGAAGAAUAGCUGUGGCCCAUACACAGACCCCCUCCUCACCGCUUGACCUCUGUAACAUGCCAAAGGGCUUGUGACAAUCAUGAUGUUGGGGGUCCUGGCUCAAAAUUUGGAGCAAACAUGAAGUUUCGGACACUUGUGCUCAUGGGAAACCUCCUGUAUGCUGUCUGGAAAUUAUGUUCAAGAAUCUCCCCGGUUCUUUCUCUCAUUUUUGCUGAGGGUAUUACACUCCAUCCUUUCACAGUGUGAGGUGCUUCCUGUAGUUUCUCCAAGCAUUUGGUUGCUAUUCUUAAGUGCUGGCAGUAACUACACACUGGCUGCUUGGGUCCUUGGGUGGUGCAGCAGAAUAGAUCUGCUGCCUUCUGAGUUUUUCUCACCUGAAGUGACACUGACUACAACUCAGUCUCCUUUUCACUGGGAUGAAUGGAAGACUCCAAACUCCCUUGAAUGUUUAAGGUGGGAAUGCAUGACCUCAGGGAUACUCAUGUUAACUCAGGCGCUUCCUGCUCGGCAAUGUUCUACUGUGAGAAAGGGCAGGACAGGCUGCCCUUCACGUGUGGACAGGAAUCAUGCGACCGCCCUGUGUAUCUAAGAGUUGGGCAGCAGCAGCAGUUUUUGGCAUCUCCGGGAACUCUUACUCUGGCUAUAAUUUGCACAGGAUCUAAGGUGAAAAGUCCAUGAAAGAACUGAAUUACGAGUUUAAAAAUGAAUGACUUUAUCCUAUUUCUGUGGUUUUCAAAUUAUUUUAGCAGCAGAAAACUGUUUGCAGUAAGAAAUCUUUAUGAAACCCUAAUGUAUGACAUAGAUUGUAUUUUAUUAGCUUAAACUUAUUUUAAGGUUAAACAUAUGACAUUUCCUUACCAAUAUAUCAGGCAGUGACAUGUAAAUGAACAAUUUGGUGUUUUUCAAUGUAGAAAAAUUUGGUAUCAAAUGAGUGGACCUGUUGCUAUAUUAUAGUGUAAAAAUCUUUUAAAAAUUAUAUUUGAAUUAAACAUUUCAGGAACCUCUACUAUACCUCUGUGAGAGCUAGGUGGUUCUUGAAACAGAAAUUGAAAAUUAUUAAGUCCUUUGGGUUUCAAGUCUAGAAUUUUUAAAAGGAGAGUAUCAGGCCGUCCUCUUCUCAGUUUGAGUUAGCAGGUAUGGAUUCUGGUUUCAUCCAUUCUGCAGAAUCAAAUGCUCUCAAGUAAGGGGUUUGAUAUAUCUGAAGCCCAACUGCCUUAGUGUGGACGUGUAGAUAAGGAGAAGCAAAGAGAAAAGAGUAGAGAAUGUUAUUUGUAUGUGUGCCAGGUUUAAUGUCUCUCUUAAGGGUUCCUCAGUGAGCGGAGCGUUGUCCCAGCAGUCCAGGGUGGACCAUCUCCCACUGUCAGGUGUAGGGCUUGUUUCCUGGGGAACACUACCUUCUGCUCCCAAGCCUUCAGCCUUCUGGAAGUUUCUGGGUGUCCUUUGGAAACAGGGAUAAGAUGUGACUGCUGGAAGUAAGGAAGUGUGUGCCCUGUUUCUACCACAGACAGAUGACUUAAGUUCAAAUGUCAGAAGGAAUGCGUUUUAUAUGAAGAACACACUGCCCUUCUAGAAAUUGAUUCUAAAGAAAUGGGGGCUGACAAAGGAGUGUGGAAAGGAGCGAGAAAGGAGGGGUAUAUUGAGGAGGACAAAACCCAAUUUUUCUUUUGAACAGCAAUCACUAUAGCUUGCCAGUGUGGGAUGGUAAGUUAGGAGAAUAGGAAUAUACUGAUCUUGUUUUAAGUUAGGUUUAUGGCAUCAUUCAUAUUUAUAGUUACAUAUAUAUUUAUAAUCUUUUAUAGCACUACAUGCUCUUUUGAAGGAAAUUGGGAUACUGUAGAAAAGUUGAAGGAGAAAUCUAUUUUAUAGCUCACUAUAGACAACCACUGGUAAUAUUUUGGUAUAUUUCCUUCUUGUCUUUUUUUUCCCAUUCCAGUUGUAAAUAUCUUUCAGAGCUGACAGUUUAUCCUGUAGUUUGACUGGAAUAUAAAUGCCAGGUGUGUAUUUGUUUACGAGGAACAGGUUUUGCAGUACAUUAGAAUUAGCUAGACACUUGAGAACUCGUCACUGGAUACUGAGACUGACUACUGAGUCUUCCUUGGUAGCGGAGCCUGAUGAAUGGGCUCUAAGAAAUCAUGGACCAAGUGCUACUUUUUUGAUAUGCUUCUGCACUUGGACUGAUGUGUAAUAGGAAAUAGUUGUUAGAUAUAUGGCUCUACAGGUUUUGGUGUUUUCUGGUUUAAAAAUAAAUGAAGGGCUUAUUUCAUUAACAAAUGUGCAGUCAAGAAUCUUUGUCCUCCCUGUUAAGGCAGGGAAGUGGAGAUUUGACAAUGGGAGUUGGGUCACGGCAGUUGCUCAGCAUGGCUGUCAGAUUUUUGUUCUGGUUAGAAUUUGCCCAAAAUCAAUAUCCAGAAGGAACUGGAUAGCAUGAAAAACAAUGUUACCAAGUAAUUAAGUCAUUAAUUCUUGUUUAAUACUGUUUGAUUGAUUGCUGAUUUUUAGAAAAAGGAGUCUUUUCUCCUUUUUAUGAGUAUAGUAUUAUCAUAAAACAUACUUCAGUGAACAUAUGUAGGGUGUGUGGGGUGCACAUACCUGAAUCUAUUUGGUAACAAGCUACAUUUUGGGGAAACUCUGUGCCUGUCCCUCUGAAGAGUGCCUAAAACAUUGUUAUAAAUCACAGAGGUUCUACUGGGGGACUGAGCUUGAUGGUGUUGCCCAUGGCUGUGUAAAAGCACCGUCACCUAUUUUGUGUAUUGGAUUUCUCAGGUGUGUCAAAGCCUCUCUGACCAGUUCAUCAUGCUUACAUGAGCCAGUGCCGUCUUGGAGGCUCCAGGACUGCGAUCUGAGCCCUCUCUGGCUCUUCGUUCCUGGGGGCUGACAUGGAACCGCCUGAGAGGGGCAGGUGAAGGCUGACGCUUGCCUAGCUAGAGCGCCUCUCAGAGCUCCUUUGCCCCAAAUGGUCUUGGAACCUUUCCUAGCCAGCUCCGUGCAUGGGUGCUGCCAUCCGAACUGACUGAAGGGAAGCCACCCUGGUCACGCUGGUAUUCUCAAUGGAUUUUAUAGAUUUUAUAGACAUAAUUCUAUAGACUUUUUUUUUAAUGGCCCCUAUUCUAGGGGACUAACUGUUUGAAUUGUAUCUUUCUCUAUGUAUUAAACCAGGUUUAAGAGUAUUUUAUAACCACAAUAUACAAUUAUAGCAAAUACAAUAUUUUCUGAUAUAUUCCUUCUUCUACACUUUAUACUUUUUGUAGGGUGUGAUGUAUAAGAGGGAUGUGCCUACUGGCUGUGGUAGCAUUUAAUCUCCAUUGCUUUGGGAGUAAUUUAAUGCCUUUUGAAAUGGAGCUUUUGCACUUUAUGCUCCUUCUGUGAACUAUGACAGCUAUGUUUGAUAUUAAAGUCAUAAUGGCAUUUUCUGUGAAUAAAUAUGUAUAUGUUUGUGUUUUUUUUCACAAUGAUCUUUGAAAUAUCUGUGUAAAAAAUGCAUUAAGUGGAUCUUAGAGCAAAGUACAUUUACCCAAAUUCAUUAAUAAGUAAAUUUGUUAUUAAACAUACUUAAAAUUAUCAUUGUUAUUAAACAUACUUAAAAUUAGUACAGUUGUUAGUUUCUGCUCAGAGCUAUGAAAUUGGUAUAUCUAAACACUUCCAGUAUAAGAUAUCUAAAAGCAGAUUACUUUUAUUAGAAGUUCUGUAACUAAGCCCUGGCCAGGCAACUCAGCUGGUUGGAGUGUUGUCCCAAUACACCAAGGUUGUGGGUUUGGUCCUGGUCAGGGCACACACAAGAAUCAACCAAUGAAUGCAUAAAUA